AGUGUUUUUCCACGCCCGAUGGCAACAGGAGAGGCCAACAAAGUCUGCAGCUUCCAUCCCCAUCAAUGGAAGCAAACGACGUAUUUGUGCCACCCAAGUCCUUAAUGAAUUAAAUGGAAAGCAAAACGGUGAUGCCUGACAGGACCGAAUUUCAGGCAGGCUGUGAAACUCCACAGCGCAGCCAGAAGUAGAGACGGACGAGUUGAACUGAAACCUGACCACUGCUUCUCGGCAAUUUUACUAAAUUAGCGAGAAGACCUCGGACCCCGGGUGUGACAGGAGCAAUGGAAAGUCCCCCGUGUGUCUCUAUUUUCUUGGUUUUGUGCGUGUUUAUCCAAUCAAGUAUCCAUGGACAAAGCCUGGGACUAGAUCCAGUUGGAAGAUCGAGAGCUGUUGAAACAAAGGAAGCAUUGCAGGAGACAAAGACCAGAUUCCUGCUUUUUGAAGACGAAACGGAUAAGGGCUGUCAGAUUCGGCUGAAUCACCCAGACACAUUACAGCGGUGUGGCUUCAACUCCUCUCUGCCCCUGGUGAUGAUAAUCCACGGGUGGUCGGUGGACCGCUUCCUGGAAAACUGGAUCUGGCAGAUGGUGGCCGCCCUGAAGUCUGGGCUGGCCCAGCCCGUGAACGUGGGGCUGGCAGACUGGCUCAGCCUGGCCUACCGCCACUACACCGUAGCUGUCCGCAACGCGCGCCUUGUGGGCCGGGAGGUGGCGGCUCUCAUCCAGUGGCUGGAGGAAUCUGCUCAAUUUUCUCGAAGCAAUGUUCAUCUCAUUGGGUACAGCCUGGGUGCCCAUGUCUCAGGAUUCGCUGGCAGUUACAUCAGCGGAAAGCAAAAGAUUGGGAGAAUUACAGCGCUGGAUGCCGCCGGCCCUUUGUUUGAGGGAUCUUCGCCCAGCGACCGUCUUUCACCAGAUGAUGCCAAUUUUGUGGACGCCAUUCACACGUUCACCCGGGAGCACGUGGGCCUGAGCGUGGGCAUCAAACAGCCCAUAGCACACUAUGACUUCUACCCCAACGGGGGCUACUUCCAGCCUGGCUGCCACCUCCUAGAGCUCUACAAACAUAUUACCAAGCACGGCUUAAACGCCAUCACUCAGACCUUUAAGUGCUCCCACGAGCGGUCGGUGCACCUCUUCGUCGACUCCUUGCUGCACGCCAGCCAGCCGAGCAUGGCCUACCAGUGCAGCGAUAUGGCCAGCUUCAGCCAGGGCCUGUGCCUGGGCUGCAAGCGGGGCCGCUGCAACACGCUGGGCUACCACAUCCGCCAGCAGCGGCAGGGCAAAAGCAAGAGGCUCUUCCUCGCCACGCGCGCCCAGUCCCCCUUCAAAGUGUAUCAUUACCAGUUCAAGAUCCAGUUCAUCAACCACCUUGAGAAGCCAGUAGAACCAACUUUUACUAUGACACUCCACGGAACAAAAGAGGAAAACCAGAAAAUUACCAUCACUCUGGAUGAAGAAAUUACUAGUAAUAAAACCUAUUCCUUUCUUAUCACGUUGGAUGUGGAUAUCGGCGAGCUGAUCAUGAUCAAGUUCAAGUGGGAAAAUGGGGCAGUCUGGACCAAUGUCUGGAACACGGUCCAAACCAUCAUCCCAUGGACCAGAAGGCCCCUGUACUCAGGCCUUGUUGUAAAGACCAUCAAGGUCAAAGCAGGAGAAACCCAGCAACGCAUGACCUUUUGCUCAGAAAACAUGGAUGGCCUACAGCUCCACCCAACCCAGGAGAAAACCUUUGUGAGAUGUGACAUGAACUCUAAAAAACUGAAGAAGAAGAUCAGAUGAGCUUUAACGAAGAUCUAGUGUGAAGAAUAAAUGAUUUUUUCUCAUCUGGAUUGGUUACUUUAUUUGGAAACUCAAGUAAUAUAAACAAUCUUGCAUAAAGUUUAAACAAAGUUUAGGUUUAAAGGGGGAGUAUGUUUCACUAUUCUAAACGGAGCUUUUAGAAGCUUUAUUAUGUAACUGUAUUCAAAUAUUUGUGUAACUAAAAAUUUCCUGAUUGUAUCUCUGAUUAAAUGGCAAUAUAUGCAAAUAUAAGUACAAAUAAGAGCCAUUUUAGAUCCACUGUCCUAGUUUACAAUGUCUUUUACAGUUAAGUCAAAUUCCCCAUAUUUCCUUCCUAGUUUAUUCUGAUUCGUUUUUUGAAUCAUGCUGGAAAGGUGCUUCUUUAUGACAGAACUCAUGUUUGAAUAAAAUGAAGUUCCAAUUAAUCACUAGUCGUAUGUCCCCAAGUACACAUGCUCUAAGACAAUUCAGCUCACUAAAAGGAGAAAAAUUCUAAUUAAGCUAAUAGCUGCCAUCAUACAGAUUAUACAAUUAUUUCACGGAAUCAAACCAAUAAAAGUAGAAUGCUCCUAAAACUACUAAUAGCAAGAUGAAAGCUGGACAGUUGGUCAUUUUAACAAUUAAAUUACUAUUGCACUAAA